AUGACGUCGACCCUGCAGGGAAACCUUCCCGAGGUCAAGACCGAGAUUAAUAAGCCCCGCACUAAACCUUUCGCGGCACUCUGUCACCGUCCACGGGUCUUCCUGCCUAUCCAGAGUUUCCCAGUGCUUGAGUUACUGGCUUUCCAGAGCUGUUCAGUCAUGUUUGUUCACCCAUGGAUAUACCCGAGACAGCUCGAGUUAUGGAACAAUCCUCAACUCAAUGAGUCUGUCAGCAUACAAAGCAAUGCCAAAGCCUGCUGGAAUGCAUUCUGCUUGCUGCUAUCAUCGCGAACUUGGCCUCAUUUCUAG